CCUGAGCCGACCACCGAGCCGACGACUGAGCCGACCACUGAGCCGACGACUGAGCCAAGGCCAAGUGUGUCUUUCAAACAAUUCUUUAAUAUCAGGGGCACCCAGUGGAUCUGUUCCUCAAAAUAUCUGUUCUUCACGGCAAAUUUUUGCUGGCUGGGAAAUUUGGAAAAUUAAUAUGUCCUUGGAAGUUGCCUUGGAAGGAACGUGUUGCUGGGGAAUAGACAAGCCAGGGUGUCUGAGGGGAUUUGUUGUCCAGAAUAGUUCGUAUUUGCUCUUUGUCAUAAAUCUCUUUCCCCCCUCCCAUUGAAGGGGUGAAGUUCGCCCCUAGGCCACACCCAAUUUCUUUCUAUCUAAUCCUCCCCGCCCCACCCCCCACUUACAGCUGCAAAUGUCAUCUGGGUUUUGCGGGAGUUCUCUGUGAAAGACGAGGUAACCAUUAAGAACCCUUCUGUAAUUUCAAUAUUGUAUUACAAAAGGGAUAGCAUUGUUCUUAUCGAGUCGACAACUUUAUUUUUGACAGCUAUUCUUUGUUACCUUAUGUUUUGUUAGUAUGGUAUGUACCUCUUAUUGGCCGAGUUUGAAGCCCAUAUUUAGAAUACACCCCAAGCAUCCAUAAUUUACAUUACAGACCGAGGAACUGAGGCUAAGAAGAUGUUUAUGAAUAUAGCUUCCUGUUUGGUGGAAACUGAAACAAGCAACAAGCAGGCAAACAAGNCUGUGGGAGGGGAUGGAAGAACAGAAACAAAAUAUGCUGCUGCCCGAAACCUGAGCCGACCACCGAGCCGACGACUGAGCCGACCACUGAGCCGACGACUGAGCCAAGG